AUGUCCAAGGCGCGUGGCAAGGCCCGGGCCCCUACCAAGGCCACAGCUCAACCCACAACUCGACUCAGCAAGCGUCAACAGCAGAUCGCUGAACAGGUUGUCUCCGGUUCGGGUUCUAGGCAAUCGCGCACCCGCUCCCCCGCAAAAGGGUCUAGCGCCCUUGAUUCGGAACUGUCGGACGUGGGCGACGACGAGGACGACGACGGAGAGAUCAAGGGCGAGUUCGGCCGCUGGGGAUCCGAAUGGAUUGCCAAGUUUCGUGAUCUCGAUGAAGUCUGGGGCUCGGAUGAAGGCUUCCAGCUCUACUGUAACCUUCUCGGCUUUAAACCCCAGCCACUGGAGCAUUGCGAGGACAAUUUAUUCCCCAACGCCGCCGCUCUCUGGGGAUUGAAGCUUCACAAGGUCAGGAAGGGCAUGAAGUACACGUUCAUGACCAAGGGCCGCGGCCCUUCCUGUUACAUCACGCCCUCGUCUAAGAAGACGCCGUGUCAUUACCAUGAGCACUCGUUCCCCUUUCUCUACGACCCGCCCAACGGUCUCACAUGUCUGAAUGCCCUGAAAGCCGGCUGUCCGACUCUUAUCGUGCGCUGGGAUCCUGUAGAGGGCUUCAUCGCCGCCUGCGCGUAUUGCUUUUACACCACCAAAAGCAACUGCACCCUCGUCUUAUACAAACUGACCUGGCAGGCUUCUGCUCCUUACACCAAAGAGGAGCUUGAGGCUGCCAAGAUCGGUAGGAGCCGGAACUGGAAGGUUACGGGCGGGACCAUGGAGGAGUUUCUCCAGAAAGUGCAACCUGUACCUGACGCUAAACGGACCGAGUCUCACGACGGCAAUUCGAGCGACAGCAGCCAGUCCAACGACAGGGAUCGGGACAACCGUCCCCGCCCGGAGCAGAAGGGUCGUGAAGGAAAAGAUUCCGAAUAUGAUGAGUCCAGUGAAGGAGAACCUGAUACGCGUAAAGGCGGUGCUCAAUCGAACAAGAAGCGCUCGCGGUCGCCUGAGUCGGACGCGGACGCGUCUAAUAAGAAGAAAUCAACCACAACCGCACUGGCCGAAAACGCUAAGGCCGCUGAACACCGCCGGCAGGCAAUCUUGGCUGAGGAGGCACGCCGAAAGAAGGAGGAGGAGUACUUCCAGGCUAACCGGCGUGCACAACGCGAGCUGGAAGCUAAGCAGGCGGCAGAGGAGGCACGACUUCAGCUGCAAGAUCAUGAGAUGACGGCGAACAUGCGGGCUGGGCUCGCAGCACUGUCGGGCGGCGGCCAGGGCGGCAACGGCAACCCCAAGGCCGAUGGCAACCGCCGGGCUGGCAACCCGGACAGCGUCGAUGCUGCGCGAGUCGCCGCUGCCCUCUCUGCUUUUGGGGGUUCAACCGGGGCUCCAGUUCCCGCUGAGACGGCGGAGAAAAUCGCGUCCAGGAUCAACAGCUCCGCAUCUCCUCCAAAGGUGGUCACGUCUGAGGAUACGCUCUCUGGCCCGACUAAUCGAAUCCGUGUGAACACCGAGUUCAUCGCCAGGCGCCGCGAGCGGUCCGUUAAGCAGACUAGUGGCAUCUUAUCUCGGCUGAUAGCAACUCUGCAAGACGAGAAGACCAAGCUGGAGCGCGAUAUCGAGGUGGACGACGCCGAACUCGAGGAGAGGAUGGGGCAGAUAGCAGAGGAUCUUACCCAGCCGGCUGGCAUCGAGGCCAUGAACAAGAAGCUUACCGAGGAUCUCCAGAACUCGGAUUCGCUCGUGCAGGCCCUUCAGGGUGACGUUAAACGUGCUGAGGAUGCGUUGAGCCUGAAGGAGCAGGAAAUGAUUGCCCUGAAGAACACGACGGACGCCAAGCUUGCGAACCUGUCUUCCGAGACCAAACUUCGCUGGGAGAACUUUAACAAGCUCACGAAGGCAAGGGCGGAAGUUGCCGAGCUUCGCGAGUCCCUCACCUCCGCUCAGGCCGACGGAAAGACACUGUCUGCUGCUUGGCAGUCACAGCAGUCCGAGAUCCAGACGCUGCGCCAGCAGUGCUCCGAAGCUCUGGCACAGUCCAGCAGUACGGCGGCUGAGAACUCACAGCUUCAGCAGCGCUACACGCACCUCGAGAACACGAACAACGGCCUCGAAGCAGAGGUUACAGCGUUGCGGGCUAAGAUCGCUGAGUUAGAAAGCCACAACAAGUUCUUGACCCUCGCCCAGAACAACCCCGCCUCUUCGGAGAGACCGGAUAGCCGCGAUGAGCGCCGCAACUCUGUUCCGUUGGGUUUCUACGCCACUCUCUCCCAGGACGCGUUCCCUCGAGGUCGCCACAGUCCCCCUACGCUGCCCGAUCCUCUAAUCACUCCUCCUGUCCAUGGCCCCGUCACAACUCUCGAUCCCAAGAUCCUGCAUCAAUCCACUAGCAACCCAGGUGGUGGUAGUGAAUCAGGAACUCAAUCCCAUGAGCCCCAGCCCCCUUCUGUCCAAAACUUGUAA